AUAGCUUAGAAACGCGAGCAUGUGUUUGAGUCACUGGUAGCGACUUCGCACGUCAAAAAAGACAAGACAGUCACCUGCUCGUCUCAUAAAAAGUUUCUGCAUAGAUAUUCUAAAUCAGAUCGAGUGAGGGAUGAUUUCAGAUGUGAUCCUCUGAGCGGCGGAGGUCGAGCUGAAAUUCCUGUCAGUGCGCUUUAGGUGAGGAAAAAAGUCCACAGUGUUGUUUUGUGAUUUCUUUUUUUUUUUUUUUUUUUUUCUCUUAUUCAGCUGGACGCCGGAGCGCAAACUUAUGACAUUUGACACCGCCCGGGAGCGGGGCUGCAAAUGGGCGGCAUAGGUGGCAACCUCUACCUCAGCAUGUUGAAUGGGACUGAAACGCAAACUUUCGGAAAGAACGCCGACAUCAGCAGUCACCUCCACCGCGGCGGCAAGGAUCUAGCCGAGUUUAAAAUGGGGAUUCAGGACGCGAGGUUCUUCUACCCGGACUCUGUUCAGGGCGGCCAGGACGCUCUGGCUCUGCCGUACCACUCGGAGCAGGCGGUGGGAGGGUACGCGGCGCAGCCCGGCAGGUUUUACGCACAGACCCUGAGCAGCUGCCCGUACGGCGGCGUGCGGUCUCCGCCGAGGAGCGCAUCCGGCCAGGGCUACAUCCCCACGGCGGGAGACGGGUUUCCCACCGGCGGUAAAGACGUGUACUCUCCCUCCCCGGAGAAUUACCCCGCCAGCUUUCAGCACGGCUACCAGCGGCCGCCUCUCUACCCUUUACCUGGGCUACAGGUGUGCGGCAAGACUCAGGCUCUGCUCAAUAACUACCCGCUGUGGGCCAAGUUCCACAAGUUCCAGACCGAGAUGAUAAUCACCAAACAGGGGAGGAGGAUGUUCCCCUUUCUGAGCUUUAAUAUCAGCGUUCUGGACCCGUCGGCCCACUACAACGUCUACGUGGACGUGGUUCUGGCCGAUCAGCACCACUGGAGGUACCAAGGCGGCAAGUGGGUCCAGUGUGGGAAAGCAGAAGGGAACAUGCCAGGUAACAGGAUGUACAUGCACCCCGACUCUCCAAACACAGGAGCUCACUGGAUGAGACAAGAAGUGUCGUUCAGCAAACUGAAGCUCACCAACAACAAGGGCAGCACCAACAAUGUGGCACAGAUGAUCGUCCUCCAGUCGCUCCAUAAAUACCAGCCUCGUCUUCACAUCGUGGAGGUGAAGGAGGACGGAUCAGAAGACCCCUUCCUCACCUCUAAAGCCCAAACCUUCGUCUUCCCGGAGACUCAGUUCAUCGCUGUUACUGCUUAUCAGAACGCAGACAUCACUCAGCUGAAAAUAGACCAUAACCCCUUCGCUAAAGGUUUCCGUGACAAUUACGACACGCUGUACGCUCCUCCCGACUCUGAUCGCCUCACCCCCUCCCCUACAGAGAGCCAGCAGCUGCUGCCGGGAAGCUGCUACCCUCAGGGCUACCUCUCCGACCAGUACAUGAGCCCCCUGCCCCAGAGCCGCUUCUACAGCCGCGAAGCCAUCGGCAUGACCCCGCAGCACAAAGACCCGUCCUCCAGCCCGAGUCCUCACAGCCGCUGGUACCUGCCGCCUCAGCAGGGCGUCGCCCCAAACCGCCUCGACUUCGCCUCCUCCUACGAGGGCGAUUUCUCGGGAAACAGCUUCUACAAGCCCUUCCCCCUGCAGACGUCCGCCCACCACGCCCUCGGCUACUACCCAGACCACCCGUUUGCAUCUACGAGUGUGUCAGGAGCCACCUCAGCCGCCUGGAGCGCCAGCCGGCCCACGCCUCAGUACCUCAGCCACCCCGGUAAACCCGGCCCCAGUCUGGGCUGGUUCAGACCCAUAUCAUCCUCGUCUUCCUCCUCAUCGUCCUCCACGUCGCCCGGCAACCCCAGGCUCCACCCUCCGUCGCUCCUCGAGUCGCUGCAGCCGCCCCUGCUGCAGGACAAACCCAAAGACACUGUGGGGGUCGUGGCCGAGGACCCCUGGCUCGAGCCGCCCUCUGUCAAAUCGGACUCGGCCGACUCGGGCCUGUUUGAGGGCGGCGUGGGCGACAGCAAGAAGAGGAGGGUGUCGCCGUACGCGUCCAGCACCGAAAACUCCCCGCCCCCACGCAGUGGAGAGGCCUGCGAGAAAGACAGCAACAGUGACGCAGACUACUACGGCUACUACACCCACUGAAGGCCUCACACGGCAGCGCAGCACCUCCCAGCAUCAACCCACACCAGUCUGUCCAGUCAGGAAGAGCUGCGGUAGCCUCCACGUCUGCUGCAGCGCCACCUCAUCCAACGCCACAUCUCCACUCACUCCAUAAAAUCCAACCUCAAAGAUGAGUUACAGCAGGAACUUUCAAGGUUGCUGUCAAAGUUAGCAUUGAACACGAGUGGAUGUGACCGGACUCCUGCCCCGGGUCACAUAAACACCACGCAGACCUGUGACUUUAGCCUUCGAAACAUCUGGAGAUUUGAAAAGAAAUGAUCUGCAUAUCUGCCGGCUGACAGACGCCUGCAGGGAUUGUCUGUUCUUUCUGCGUCAAACACUCUGUCUGUCUCUUCUGCUCUGCUUCUUCCUUCUCACCCUCAGCCAUUCACACCUCCCCUCACAAUAUGCUCACGUUCACGUCUCCCGAUGAGCGGAAAUCACCUUUGCACACACUCAGGCGGCCCUCGGUCCAAUUAGGCCCAGCAUGCUCGGUGCAGCUCCCACUAGUGGCGGCAGAGCGGCGCUGCAGGCCGACAGCGCAGAGGUCAAAGUGUCUGAACUGAUGUCGGGGCAUUAAGGCAGCUUAGCGAGCACAUGUUCUGAAGUAAAGCUAAUCUGUCUCAGCCGCGUCAGGACAACCUUUCAGGUGUGUGUUUUGCAAAUCAACAGCAGAAAUAGCAGGUUCUGUACAGCUGGAGGCAACAUAUCGAACAAGUUUAAAAGAAAACUGAAGGGAGUAUUAAAUAAACAGAAAGCGGGUUGCAGCUUGCAUCUGAAGAGUCUCUAUAAAAUUACUAAUCUGGGGUUAAAAGCUACAUUUACAACAGAAAAUUGCCCAUGUGGGUAUUUGCAGGAUAAAUUAAGUUAUUAAAUCUAUUUUAAUAACUGUUUGCACUGUAAUAUUAUUCAUUUAAAGUCUAAAACUGACAGGCAGGUAACAGAAAAGCACAAUAAAUGUUUAAAGAGGAGCUUUCUCUACUAAAAAACAAACAAAAAAAAUUAUACCUUUCAGAGACUAUUUUGAUAAUCUAAUGCGUGUUUUGUGGUCAGAUUUUAAGCAGAAUUGCCCAACAUUUGCUGGUUGAAGCCUCUCAGAUGUGAGGAUUUGCUGCUUUUCUUUGUCAAACAUGUUAAGUUAAACAUCUUUUGACUUUCACAUGACUAGUCAGGCACAUAAAACAUCAGAAAUCAUCAUUUUUCACUUUAUAUCUUGACAAAUGCCGACUUACAAGCAGCAGAUUAAUCAGAAUCAGAAACAAUCAUGACAUGGAAAUUUUUAACCAAAAGGUCCAACUUACUUGCUGUUUGGGAAGCUUUCAGUCACAUCUAAUACGAGUUUUUGGUCAGAUUUUAAGCAAAAUUGCACAGUAUUUGCAGGUUGCGGCCUCUAAAGUGUGAGGAUUUUCCACUUUUCUCUGUCAAACAUGUUAAGUUAAACGCCUUUGAAACUGAUAGUCGGACGUAAAGACAUCAGAAAUCAUCACUUUUCACCUUUGUUCCUUUAAAAAUUCAUCAAGAAGGCAAUCAGCAGAUUAAACGGGUAUGCAAACAAUCAUUUCAUGCAAAAUUUUCACUAAAAAGUCCAACUUACUUUGUUUCUCUGAAGCUUUCAAUCACAUCUCGUGGCCCUUUCAGUGUAUGUGGUUGUCCAGUUGUUAUGGAGAUGAAUUAGAUGUUAUCACACGUCUAAGGAUGGUUUCUGGCAUCAGGUAUGAAGGUCCUCGCUUAUUCUCUGUCUCCUGCUUAUCGACAUUUUCAGCUGGCUCCACCGUUCAUUCAGUCUCUUGUAAAAGACCAUUGCUUUUGUCUUCUGCUUUAUUUAUUUAUUACUGACAAACAUUUUCAAAGUUCCUUAGAUACAGGAGGAAGAUCAUGAAGCAUGCAGUUUGGUAGCUUAGAUUCCAGCCACAUGCCUCACCUGGCCUGCAACCACACCUGGCUGAUUUCCUUCCUGUUUCAAAGCAGCCUUAUUAGAAGUCACUGCCCCCUAGUGUCCUAAAUGUGUAUUACAGCUAAUCAAACACAACUAAUAGGAUAAAUACCUCCUAAACUGACUCCUUGUGCCUCUAAAGCUCACAUAGAUGUGACCAGUGGCACCUGUUCAGUUUGUUUUCUUGGUUUUAAUGGUAUCCUGUGGAGAAUCUGACCUCUAGCUUGGUCAGGAGUUCACAUCUAGCAUCUGUUUAACAGUUUCACACUUUUUCUACUAACUGACAGGUUAUGCAGCAGUGCCAGAAAAGACAGGGAUGAAGAAUGCAGUAAAUAAUAAUAUCAAAAUAUUUCAAAAACUGACUAAACUAAUGUUUCAUAUGGAGACAAAAUGGAUUCAACAUGUUUUUCAGACUUCAAAGAUGCACAGAAACCUACUGUAUUAGUUUUGUUUGUUUGAAAUGGCAACACAAAGUAUAAAAAAUGAAAAACUAGAAGGUUUAGACAGAACUUUUUUUAUGUAUCUCUUUUUCACCUCCAUACAACUGGACAAUCCUGACAUGAAGUUUGUAUAAAUAUCUGAUUUGAAUUAGAAAACUUGGACACUGCAAAAAGUUCGAACCGACAUCAGAAAUGCGUGUAGGAGGAGGAGGGAGUUUCCAAAGCUAAUAAACCAUCUGUCGGUUCUGUGGAAGCAUACGAGCAUCUUUAAAGCGCGAAAAUACUCCUUAGUUUACUAAAGCUGCGAUGUGAUGAGAUUACAUCAUUCAGAAAAGUCCCUCAAUGUGCCACAAUUAGAAAAACUGACGACAUUCUGUGUCUUUAGAUGCGAUAUGUACACAGAGUGCAGUGGGUGAAGGGCUUCUUAAAGCAGCUGGUUUCCAUUUAGGUGAUGCAAAAGAUGUUUGUCACUGAUAUGCUUUUUAAACAGUGUCUAGUGUUUAGUCAGUGUCAGUCUUUGUGUCAGCUUAGGAGUAAUUUAAAGAUACAGAUGUGUGAUUUAGCAUUUAGGUUGCACUUCUUGGAAUCAGGAUUAAACAUGUGCAGCUCCACACUGGUUUAUUUGGAUAAAAUAUAAUAGGACUAAAGGUCCCAGCUAGAAUGAGUCGAUUUGGAAAGCAGACACAAAUAAAGCCCACAAUCAAAACAGGACUGGCAGAGGGAGGUUUGAUAGCUUAAAAUUCACAGGAACAAAUUGUUGACCACAUUUAUUAGGAGCUUCCUCACAGUAUGAGUUAUUUGCAUGCUUAAUUGAUCCAAAAAAGACAAAUUCUAUUAUGUUAUAUCAGUGGAUUAUGGAAGGACCAACACUGAUGAGCCUCCAGGUUUCCCCCAAACCUCUGUAGAGCAUCAGUGAAAGUGGGUCAGUGAGGAUCCACCUGUAAACAGACGAGGCGUUGUCACCCUCAGCCCGUAAUAAACAGGAAGCUUGGAGUGACCAGUCAGACACUCUGAAUUUCCCCCCCAGUCUUUGGGCCGAUCAUGUGGUGACACCGGCUGACAGAGGCCCGGCUUCCCGGCCCGGUGACAGAGAUGAAGAGUGAGGCUGCAGUCGGCGCUGAUCAGAGCUCUGCUCCUCAGUCCUCUCCAGGUGUGCUAAUGGCCUCAGACAACACUGGGGGUGACGGAGGGGAAGUGGGUGUCCAGUAGCGCCGCUUAGGGCCUCUCUGAGGGAGACAUGACAAUAUUUACACUACCCUUCAAAAAGGUGGGCUCACUUACAAAUGUCCUUAUUUUGGAAAGAAAAGCAUUUUUUUCCCAAUGAAGAUAACAUUAAAUGAAUCAGAAAUACAGACAUUAUUAAUGUGGUAAACGACUAUUCUAGCUGGAAACAGCUGAUUUUUAAUGGAAUAUCUCCAUAGGGGUACAGAGGAACAUUUCCAGCAACCAUCACUCUGUGUUCUAAUGCUACAUUGUGUUAGCUAAUGGUGUUGAAAGGCUCAUUGAUGAUUAGAAAACCUUUGUACAGUUAUGUUAGCACAUGGAUAAAAGUGGGACUUUUCACAGGAAACAUGGAAUUGUCUGGGUGACCCCAAACUUUUGAAUGGUAGUGUAUAGCGGUUUGCAUUUAUGCAUUUCAAAGGCUUGAAAUUAGUGUCUGUAGUGUCCUAUGAAGCCAGAAAUGCAGCAGAUGUGUUCAAAUUUAAGACUUGAAUCUGACCUUAUGACAUUUUGCAUAACCGUAUAAGGAUUACAAUCCUAUAGAAAGUGGAAUUUGGUGAAAAAAGCAAAGACAAAUAAUAAAAAAUCUAUUUUAAAAGCAUGAAGCAGUUAACAAAAAAGCUCAGCAGACUAGCAGUAACUGUAGCCUCUCCCUUGAAUAAAUUACCUUUAAAUCUUAAAUUUAUCAUUCAUUUAACUAAAGAAGACAUGUUUAAACUACUUCAUUAGCUCAAAUGACUCAGAAAUUUGAAUGAAAAACAUAUUUUUUGCAUAUAAUGUGGUUUCCGUGAACAUUGUUGGUGUAGUAUUUUAAUAUUUUCUGGGUUUUGUGGACAGUCCAUGACUAAUAAACAGCCCCAAAAAAGUAUUACUUUAAGAUUUUAGAAAUUAAAAUGCUGUUUCCUCAAAUUCACUGUUUCUAUAGACCACUCCAGGACAGAAUAUUGCAAAUGUUGGUGCAUAUUUUACUUUAUUUUAACUCCUUCUACUAUUUUACGAACAACUAGAUGACAAAAGAUUCACAUUCAGAGUCUACCUUAGGAGAUUAACAUUUAACCUGCCAUAAAAGCACAAAUUGUUGUUGUAGAUUUCACUUUGUAGAGCUCAAUCUGUGGGUUUUUUUUACAGCCUGAUUCCAGUAUAUUUCAUUUCAGACAUUGAUUCAGCAUUUAAACCUUCAUUGUGGGAGAUCAAAUCUGCAGAAAAAGUUGACAUACUUGAUAAAAUAUGAAAAAUUCAACAGAUUUUACUGCUGUUUUUGCCGUUAUGUGUUGGACGAGUUGAACUCCUGACUUCAGUAUUGCUGUUUGCCUUAUUAAGUUUUCACAAAGACUUUCACUGGAUCCACUGGAAGCUACAAACAAUCCACAAAUGUUCAUAUAAUGGUCUUAACCUUGAUGCAAAAAGGACAAACUGAGCAUUUAAGUAAUGAAAAGAAGAGCAGAAUGAAUAUAUUGUCUGAUCAGCUGAUGAAAAAUAUGUUUGAUGCUUGUGCAACAUUUCCAAAAGGUGUAAUAUUUAAAUGUGUAUGUUGAGAGGAAGAGGCGGUGAUUCUGUAACCAUGGACGAUUCAUGUUUUAAGUGCAAUUAAAUAAAUUAGUUCAGAGUCGAUGACGGCGUGGCAGCAAACGGUGAGAGAGUUUCAUGUGAACGCAGGCCUGUGGAUGAUGUCGGCUGUUUAUUUUACGUGCUGUGGUUUGUGUGGUUCACUGAGUGCAAGAUUUCACAAGAUACAGCAGCAGAGAUGCUCUCAGACACCUCAGGAACGACCCCUGCUGGAAAUCUCAGCUAUUACAACCAACAAACCCAAUCCCUGAACCUCGAAUACCUCCAUCUCCCAUCAGUCUGUUUCCCUUCAACUGUAUUUCCAGAGAUUUUACUGUAUAUUAUAGAGACGGAGGCGUGACGGAGGGAGACCAGACGGCUGAAGCAGCAACAAGCAUGUUAUGUUAUUUUAUUUUAUUUUAUGUGUGUGAUCUACUGUAUGUGCACUGUUCAUGUGGAGGGAGAUCCUUCAACUCCCUUCUUUGAGAGCUUAUAAAUGGCAAUGCAGAAGCAAAUAAGACUGAGGAUUUCUGAGAGAGGGGAAACAGAAACUGUUAUUUAUUGAAGGUGGCAUAAAUGUGUAUUGUAUUGUUGUUUUUUUAUUCAUGAAAUUAAAGCUUACACAUGAGAAACCCCA